UCAUUCAUUCAUACAAAUGUCAGAAAGGGCUGGGGCGACUCAGACGAAUUAGCUAAACUAAAAAAUCUUCCGUUUUCAACGGGAAAGCGUAAUAAUUAAACAAAAUAAUGUAAUCAACAGUAUUUUUAGUUAAGGCGUGUUCGCGCCAAAUUAUAGAAACAGCGGUAAAACGUCGCUAGACUGAGAAUAACCUCGUUCGUUUAGAGGAAUUGUUUUCACCCAAAAACUUAUCAGGAACAUGUUGAAGUUCAAAAAGAUGGGUUCGGAUAAAGUGCCGUUGUUACUUGUGACUGCCAAUGUUGGAUCUAUAUUCGAAGAUCCUUCAGUGAUGCUACCAAUAUGGACAUCGGAGUUCCUCCAAGCAGUAUCCCGGAUGGACCCGAAGUUCAUUGCCCUCCAUCUUCAGGAAGUCGGCGGCAAAGCAUACGAGAAGUCCAUGCAAUACGUCCAGGACUUCGUGCAGAGGCUCUGCGACUGUCCCGAGUUGAGGCUCUUCGAUAAGAUCAGGAUAUUCCUGGAUGAGGACUUCAGUUCACCGGAGAAGUUUACUGCUCUAGGCAAUAUGUACUUUGCUCAUUCGUCCCUAACGGACCUCAAGAUCUGGGACUUCGAGUUGAAGGCGUAUGUCGACGCGGUUGGCAAGGAGAUACACACAGGCAACAUUGAGAAGGUUACCACCAAGGAGAAGGCCAAGUUCCCACAGCAUUUCUUCCCUGAAUGCAAAUGGUCCCGGAAAGGUUUCCUCCGUACUCGGUGGUGGGUGCGAGGCACGGCGGUGGAGUUCGUCAACAUUCACCUGUUUCAUGACGCGUCGAACCUGCUCGCUAUAGAACCAUUCCCUUCUGUGUAUUGCCGCAGUCGCCGGCGUGCGUUACGUCACACGUUACGUCAUCUACACUCUGACGUCAACGCGGCGCCAUACUUCAUCUUCGGCGACUUUAACUUUAGGGCUGACACUGCGGGUGUAGUUAAGAAAGUAACAGAAGACCUGUCAGCAUCCCGCCUGCAGAACGGCGCCAACGUGGACUCGUCGCGGCUGCAGUACCGCGCCGCCGCCGACGGCCGCGUCGUGCUCACCAUCGGGAAGAAGGAGUUCGCGCACGUCGACCAUCAGAAGAUAUUCCGGGAGCCCUGGCUACAACGCUACGACCGCGAGUUGGAAGCGCUACGGCCGCACCUGUACGAGUUCCCCGUCAAGUUCCCCCCCUCGUACCCCUUCGAGGAGGACGUGCAUCUGCCCACACACUACAUGAAGACACGUUGUCCUGCUUGGUGUGACCGCAUCUUGCUCUCGCAGUCUGCGCGACUGCUGUUGCAGCACGCGGACGCCGCGCGGACUAAUGACUCCAGGCAUGUCCAUGCUUCUAGGAAAUCCGUGACAGACUCCACAGAUAGCAGUGGACGGGUGUCGUCUUCAGACAGCAGUCCGGCCAGGUCCGGGUCCCCCGCGAGGCAGAUCACGCAGGGCAGUCCCGGCAAGACCUUGGAGAAGAAGAGCAGCAUGGCGGAGCUGGACGCGUUGUCGGUGCCCACCGCUGGGAUUAACUUCAGCAGGAAGAGUAUUGCGGAUCCUACCAGCGUGCAGCAGGCUAUUAAUGCCAGGAUGUGUGAGAGCGAGUGCCCCGCGCGGCGGCGCCUGGUGCGCAACCAGUCGGAGGGCGAGGCGGGCGCGCGCGCGCGGGAGCCGGGCGCGCGCCGCCGCCCCGCCUACGGCGUCAUCGGGGGCGACGCCUGCAUGGGCGACCACAAGCCGAUCUACCUGCGCGUGAUGCUGCAGAGCGAGCGAGGUAGAGUCCCGUGUGUGGGGCGGGCCCUGCCCCUGCCGCGCCUGCCCACGGACCCCAACCUGUACGCGUCCAACACCCUGACCCUGCCCCCCCUCUCCUGCAGCCACCCCGACCGCCUCGACGACCACAAGCUCAAACGGACUCGCACGGGCUCGCUUAACGAAACCAUGCUCCGAAUACCCCACGUCGAAAUAACCUCCGCUGAUUAUUGCAGCCAUGAUGGUAUUUACGUCAACGAGGUAGAUAAUACCUUACUCAGUGUUAGACAGUGCGUCGAUCCUUAUACCCCGGAAAGUAUCGAUUCUCAUAGCCCUAACGUCGAAGCAUCGUCAGGCGAAGACUUAUCGACUGAAGUCACUGUAUCGACUACAAAAUCGACUAAACAUCGAGACCGUAGUGUUUCUCCCACCCAACUAAAAAGUCGAUUAGAUAAAUUACUUAAUGAUAAAGAUGAGAAAGUUAAGUCUAUUCCGGAGUUGCAAAGACUUAAUAGUCGCGAGUCGUGCAAGUCGGAGGCUAGUAAAAAAGGGGGGUUGUGUUGUUUGGCGUUAAAGUGCUAUGGGUUCUGUAGGCGGCGCGCGCGCAAAGUGAAGUGUGACUGUAGUGACCUGACUAAGUGUUGCACCUGAGCUUGUAGCUAGUGAUGUGAACCCGACUAGUUUUUGUGUAGUCGAUUUUUUUUACCUUCGAAAUGUUACUUUAAAGCUUUUGACUCAUAUUGACUGGUAACGUUUCGAUGGUACUUGUUUGACAAUGCAUUGUUUGUGCAGUUUUUUUUUAUUUUAUGUUGUAUGGCACUUUGAUUUUUUUGUUUAACCAUAAUAAUGGUUAUGUAAGACCAAAUAUGGUAUUUUUACCAUACAAGCAUGGUAUUUUAAACCCGCAUGCAUUUUUAACUUUAACAUAUCAAUUUAAUUGAAUAUUAAUUUUAAGCUUUUCCAAUUAUUUUGUUAAAUAAUACUUAUUGUGCUUACUACUAGUCGAUAUCGCGUUAUUAUAAUCAUUAGUUUAAGUCUACUUUACCCCCUCAUCCCCACUCUAAUAACUUGUUCGAUAUUCGAACACAAGAGUGGUAAAGCAUUACCCUCCUAACGCAGUCGGGUAAAAGGUAAAAACCUUUUUAGGACAUUCAAAUUUAUAAAAGAGGUUUCAUACCAAAAUUAAUAACCAUCAAAAUUCCGGAGCAUUUGACAAUGGGGGUUUAGUUUUCAAUGCAAUAAAGUAGUUAAUAAUAUUAAUUUUUCGAUAAUAAUAAUAUAAUUACUCAAUUUAAUAUGAAAUUUAUACCAAAUGGUUUAUAUAAAUCUAGUCUGUAUGCUCAAGUGUUUAGCGAUACGUACAUUCGUAUGCGUUCUGAAUACUGCCAUUUGUAAAAGUAUUAUUAUAGUUGUGGGAAAGAGAUGCCGUUCUACAUCGUAUAGUAUGUUGUCUCGCUUACACAAUUGUAAUGAUAUUAUUUUAAAAUAUGGUGGUAGUCUUCUUGAUUUUUUUUGUUGACAUAUUUUAAGUUCAACUUCUGAUAAUGCUACAAAAAAAAAACAAUUUAAAUAUUUUGUUGAUCCGGUUUAGAAACUAUGUUAUGACUAGUUGAGCUGUUUCGAAAAUCACUUCUAUGGGGAAAAUUGUCUUUAAGAUACUCUUUUACUAAAGAAAUUAAAUAAAGAGGGCAUAAAUAUCUUUAAGCAAUAACAGCUUUAUGAAUUAUUCCAUUAUAACUUGUCUAAAACGACGGAAAUAAAACUAAUCAGCACAUAAAAAUUUAUUCAAAACUAUCAUAAGCCAUAUCAAUUAACUUAUUUUUGUUUUAAAGUUGACUGUACAAUGAAUUCUAAUAAAAUUAAACAAAACAAAAAACGCUUUGAAACAUGAUCUGUUACAAAUACCACUCAACUUGAAAUUGUCAACAAAAAUAAUUCUCAUAAAAAGUAUUAUAAAUCGUAAUUGGUAUAUUAAACUCUUAAUUAUAAAGAAACAGUCACUAUUAGUUACCAUUGUUUUGGUUUAAAGUCACUAUUCUUUUAAGACUGGUAACACUUUUGUUAUUUUAAUAUUUAUUUUCAGUGGCAAGACCUUUUAACAUUAAAGUCAUCUUUGACUUAUAUUUGAGAUUUAGGUAAUUGCAAAGUCUUAUUUAUUACGAUAUUUUGUUGAAUCUUAAUAACUCACUUAUAAUUACUUUUUUAGAAAUUAACAUACUUUAUUAUUCAAUAAUUAAAACACUAGUUAUUUAUACAGCUCGUUGUUUACUCGAAUACCUAUAGUUCUUAAUCAUGAGUAAAACUUAGCUGUAUAAACAAUUAUGAUUCAAUAUAAAAGUAUUUGUUAGUAAAAACCAAAAAUCCAUAAUCUUUACUCAAUGAUAGUGACUUUAGGUGUCAACUUAUUAUUAAUAAUUUAGCAAUGCAAUGCAAUAUGUAAAAAAUGUGUCUUUGUCUGUAUAGUUCUAAAUUCUAAUCCAAAAUCACAUAGCAAUUGAAACUGAGUAAAUUCAAAAUUAAAAAUUCAACAUCCCACCCUACCCUAUAAUAAAUUUAUUUAAUUUUCUAAACUCGGUUCAGGUAUUCCGAAGUAAUAGUCGUUUAUUGUUAGAAUAACUUGAGGUGAAUUCAUAAUUAUUUCUUUAAUAAGUUUUUACUCAGACCCGACCGAAAUGCUUUGCUUUUGGUCCGAAACUAUUAAACCUAUUCCAAUGUAAGUACACAUGAAAAACAGUUAUUAAAUAAAUAAUAGUGGAACACAAAAAACUCAGACAAACAAACAAAAAAACUGAUCCUUACUCAACCUUAUUAUAAUCUGAUAACAAUAAAAUAGGCCUUAAAUGUAAAGGUCUUGCCACAGUUGACACGAUGUAAUACGUAAGACGUAUGUGAGGCACCCGACGCGGUGUGACACGUUAAUAAACGUUAUUCGCACUGA